AUGUACAACGGAAUCGGUCUGACCACUCCUCGUGGAAGCGGCACGAAUGGCUAUGUUGUCCGCAAUCUCUCUACCUUGCGAUCUCAUCAGCCGGCCCAAGACCGUGCCAACGCCUGGGAUGUCGCACCGCCAAAGCACAGGGAGCCUGAUGAGGGCAUUCUGGAGCACGAACGCAAGCGCAAAGUAGAGGUGAAGUGUUUGGAAUUGCAGCUGCAGCUUGAGGAUGAAGGGUUGGACGAAGAAAAAAUCGAGGAGCAGGUUAGCGCGUUGCGCACUAAACUUCUUGCGAAUCUUGAACGUGGGCCUGGUGGCCGCUACCGACCAACAGAAACUCACGCUAUUGCUGCCGCAAAAAAGACAGAGUUGGCAAAGAUGGCGAGUGCAUUGGGGACAAGGGCAAACUAUGUUGAAGGGGAUGCAUUCAACCGCGAAAAGCAGGAAGAGUUGAGACAACAGAGACUUAUUGAACGAGAGGAAAGGGACAAACGGAGGGAUGCUGAGAGAGCCAAAAUGGAAGAGCAAAAGGCGAAAUGGGAGUCGGAAAAGAGGGAACGGGACAGACUUAGAAGGCGAGAAGAAGACAGAGAACGACGACAGGAUCGACGAGACAUGCCUCCACCACCAAAUAGUCGAGCAAGACCAAUUUCGCGGUCUCCUUCACCGGUUGCUCGUUCUCGCCGUCGUUUCUAUUCUCGUUCUCCUGGCAGACGUUCUCUCUCACCUCCUCGCCAUAGACAACGGUCUAGGUCGCCCAUAGCAAGGCGGUCAAGGAGUCCCCCAGCCAGACGAUCCAGGUCACCGCUGGCUAGACGAUCCAGAUCACCACCCCCCGCUCGAAAAGAGUCUCCACCACGCAGAGCCCGUUCAGCAUCAACUGGCUCUUCAAUGUCGGUUAGCAGUCGCGGCAGUUCUUAG